AUGGGGCACUUGGACGAGAUUGAAGAGCUUACUCGUAAUCGAGGCUCCGACAUCCUAAUCAGUAAUCUCAGAACCAAGGGAUCAUUUCAUAAGAAGCACUGCGAAGCGCUGGACUUGGCUGGAUUAGGUGAACACGUUUUAGUGCGCAAAGAGGAUGAUUUGGAGGUUCUAGUCUUUGCCGCACUCAGUCAUUUGAUCGUGGCGAAAGAGCUUCUUUUGGAGAUCAAAAAGGAGAUGGAAAAUGAUCAACGCCUCUUUUACCAAUUCAGGCUUGAUAAUGCCUCGCGCGAAGAAAACAAAUUGCUGCCUGCAUUCCCCCACUGCUUCUCGACAUUCCUCCUUGUUUUGGGGUACGAACGGAUGUUCCUAGCCAAACAUGUGCGGUUCCAUAAUCGCAUAGCCUUUUCAAACAAAAAUCGACCCGAAACGAAAACCUUCUCCGAAAUCAACGAAGUCAAUUCCUUCAAUCUUCGAGCGAUUCAGUCGAAAAGUCUGAAAUCUCUUUACGACGUUGAAGGACUAAAUUUAGAUCCAAGUUCUAAAAUUGACGCACUUCCGGAUAUUUACGCCGAAAAUUACAUCCAAGACGAGAUAAAAUUAUUGAAGGAGCCGGAAAAGAAGUGCGAAGGAGCGAAAAUCGUCGUCUUCGUCAAAACAUCGAGGAAAAUUGGCGAUGCUGUCAGUAGAUUCAAGAAACAGGCUCUCCCGUAG